AUGAACGAACAAGCAAUGCACGCAAUCCUGCGUUCGCUCACUGACCUGGCCGCGCAGGCUACCACAGCACAUCACGAAAUCGCGAAAUAUCGAGAGCUCACCACAGCAAUGCUCGCUCGUCAGGCUACCCCGGACUCCGACGCUCUCGCGUCGGACGACGAUCGUGGACAUGCUAUGUCCGCUUCCAUGCACUCGGCAGCUAGCACAGGAAGUAGACCCCUUCCCGCCCGUCGCGGUUCCUGGAUGAAUCAAGACUUUCCGCAGCGAAAGUUCUCUUUCAGCGGCAAUUCAGCAAGCUCACAGCCCACGACACCUACCUUGGAGAACGGGCCCGCGCAGCACUUUUUAACGCGUUCGCUCACGUCUGCGUCAUCCUCCAGUCAAAUCGCACGCGUUCCCUCUCUGACUCCGCUCACUCCUCUUACCCCCUUCACGCCUCUCACGCACGAGCCCUAUAACAUCGUUCAUCCUGUGCGAAAGAACGUUAGAUCCCUGUCAUACUCUGUCGGUCAACUCGAAGACGAUCCUCAGUCUUCAAUCGCUCCUGUCAACGCCGUCAAUCCUGCCCUUGCUCGUUUGAGGAAAGGCACAAUGCCGCUACUGAGGCACCGCCUGUCAAAGGGCUCAGACACACCACUUGUUGCGACUCUCGGAAACCUGUUCGAAGACGAGGACGAUGACGUAGACAGCUCAAAUGGCUCUCCGGCCGGUGUGAGGUUGCCGACGAGCCUCGCUGUACAGGAGUCGCUAGACUAUAGACCGGCUCCAUUUCGCAACCCUCUUGGUCCCCCGAACAGCACUGGCGCGUCGCGCUCACCCAUUUUCGUGAGCCAGGCAGAGAACCCAGCCGCGCUCGAUGUCGCGUCCUCGGCCACCAUCGAACACAUGAAUGGAAACGGUGGCUUUGUCACGGCCGAACAGCAGCCGCCUGUGGAGGGCAACAUCCGUCGCCGUCGUACUCAGUGGCAGACAUCCAACUCUAUCGACGACACCGCAUUGCAUCAGGAGAGCGACCCCUUGAGCACCGCAGCUCAAGUCCCGCAGAGCCGCCGGCACUCCUUUGCCGACUUCUCCUCCGCAGAGCGACAGACCGCGCUGACGAUGUCUUCCUUAGCCGACGCACUUGAAGAGGUAGAGGAGGAGGGCUUGGGAAUUUCCGGUUCACCGCGUGACUUUCCGGUCAACGGUCACCAACACGGAGUUGUUGGCACGGGUAUUGAGGGUGCGUAUAAUGAAUUCGCUUUGUCCAUCGUCCACAGAACUAAGGAACCAGAUCAAGCAGUACAUACUCAUGACGGCUUCGUAGACAAUUACUUCAGCGGACACGGGCCCAUGGCUCUCCACGCACAAGCUCUCUCGAGCGCAUACGAUCCGCCCUCCUUCGCGGCGAACGCUUACUAUGUGCAUCCCGGAUCUGCGAAGACUCUGUACAUGGUCACCUUCAAGUGCAACCGCUGCGAGCCUUUCUACAUCCUUGAGAGCACCGGCUUGAAGUGCAAAAAGGGUGAUAUCGUCAUCGUUGAGGGAGAUCGCGGCAUCGACAUGGGACGGGUUAUUGCCGUCGACGUCACCAUUGCCGAAGGCAAACGUAUUCGCAAAGAAUGCCAUCAGGACAACUACCGCUGGCUCAUGAUGUUUUCCCGUCACGCUCAGGAGAACGGCAAUAACGGCGUCGUCAAUGCAGAAGCCAGCCGUAAUGGAACGAACGGCGGUAUUGGCUCUCAGCUCAGCCUCCCACCAGAACUCACGUAUGUGGAGACGGACUUCAAACCGAAGAUGAUUCGUAGACUUGCGCAGCCCCAUGAGAUCACUUUACUGCGUGAGAAGGAAGGAGCCGAAGCCAAGGCGAAGCGUGUUUGCCAGCAAAAGGUCGCCGACCAUGGCUUGGUCAUGGAGAUUUUGGAUGCAGAAUACCAAGCCGACUACAAGAAGUUGACGUUCUUCUACUUCGCCGAUAAUUACAUCAACUUCAACGAUCUCGUCACCGAUCUCUUCAAGCUCUACAAGACGCGCAUCUGGAUGUCUGCUGUCAACCCUGCGGCUUUCACUGCUUCUCCGCACGCCAUUCGUGAUCUGCCCACCAGGUCUCCCUUGACGUCUCGCGUGUUGAACAUCCCUCCCGCCAGCCAGCGUCCGUAUCUCAUUCCACCAUAUGGCACUACGGAUGGACUGCCUCCUCGACGGGUGUUUGACCAUCCCAUGGUCAACCAGGAAGCCCUCCGCCAGGCGUCGGAGAUGCGGUAUGGUCCACCCGAGGGGCAGGAGCAGCGCUACGGCGCUCAGAACCAUCAGGAAAACUGGCCGAAUUUCGGACAUCACCAUCCGCCCGCAUUCCAGAUCCCGGCUUGGCUCCAGCAGCCUUCUCAAGCUCAUCCGUUGCCGCCGCCGCCGGCUCGCCCGAUCAAUCGAUUCGAUCCCUGGAACGUCGAUUGGCGCACCACUGCGGCUAGACCGCAGUAG